AUAAGCUAGCUCUUCCAUAUAUUGUGUCUUCCAAAAUGGGCAUUAAACUACUUGGUGUUUCUCUUCCUCUCCUUGUGAUCUCAAUUAUUGCAGUGACCUCAACAGCCGCCGAUGAGAAAGGCAAGCCCCUCAUAACCAAAACUUGCGCCGGCACGGAGUUUCCCGAUGUGUGCACCUCAACUUUGGAGUCGGAUCCUCGUAGUUUAAGCGCAGAUCUAAAGGGGCUUUCAAGGAUUGCCUUGGAGUUGAGCGCAACCAAAGGAAACGACUCUGCAGGAGUGGCCUACAAUUUGAUGCAGAAUGCAUCUGGCUACGAUACAUGGUCGGAGCGCUCAGCUUGCUUCCAUGGUUAUAACAUGAGCGUGUACCAGAUUAAAGAUCACGGUCUCCAAUCUUUCGACGACGGGAAGUACGACAAGGCAUACCAAGCAGUUGAUCUUCUUAAUAAGGAAGCACUCUAUUGUAGCACCUUUCAAAUACCAGAGUUGGAUGAAAGCAACACAAUGCUAUCCAAGUUUACAACUGUUGUAAAGACCAUUCUGCAACUCCUUUUCUGAUCACUACUGUAGUUGUCUUUUCCAUGAAUAAAUGUUAGUUUCUGAAACAGUACCAAAGUAUUA